UAUUAUGGCGAUGACCCCGCAACAGCCCAGGUGUUUUGAUGAAGGCGACUGACCCCGAGUGUAUUCUCUCUGUUUUCGCCUAAGUUGGUGAAUACGACCGUUCCCCGAGAAGCUCACCCUUCGCCAUGUCCCCCACCAGACGCAGGCACUAAGUCUUAUGAAGUGCUGGAGUGCUGCUGUGGAUGAUUUUCUGGAACUUGAUGGUGCUCGUUCUUCGUGAUGCUGUCGAAUGAGGAAGCCAAAAUGGAAGCAGAAGUGUUAGCCCUCAAGUGGAAUAACCACCAGAGUAUAUUCUACCAUAUCAUUAGUGGGCUCAGGACCAAGGGCAACUACACAGAUGUGACCCUGGCAUGUGAGGGCAAAUUUUAUCCCGUCCAUAAGUUAGUUUUGUCCACGUGUAGUGAAUAUUUUUGUGACAUAUUUGACCGCACACCAUGCAAAAACCCAGUAGUUGUUUUAAAGGACAUCCAGUGUCAAGAUCUUGAAUUCUUGUUGGAUUAUAUGUACAUUGGUGAGGUCAAUGUUAGACAAAAUGAACUGACGUCACUUAUCAAGGCAGCAGAGUGUCUGAAAAUUAAAGGAUUGGCAGUACCCGAUGAACAGCCAAAACACCAUGCCUCUGAUGGAGGCAAUUGUAAUUCUGGAAGUCGACAUCGUUCAGCAGAAUAUCAUGCUGGAGACCGCAACAGUCCACCACCAAAGAGACGGCGUGCUGAAGACCGAAAAAUAAGUACCUCUUUAAUUGUAGAACAGCCAGUAGACGCAUUACAGGAUGACAAGUCUCAGGGGGAUCGACCCUUUGAAGAAACCUCACUCCCUACCCCGGACUGUGUUGAGCAGCAAUUACCAAAUCCUCAUCACGAGAGAGAGAGAAUUGAGAGUGGCGAGGCAUCUCUAGAAGCUGUAGAACUCCCAUCUUUGCCACACAUCAAAGUAGAGCAAGAACUAACUUAUCACGAUAACUAUGAUGCCCCUUUACACUCGGCCAAGUCCAGCUAUGACAGUGACCCCUUUAUGCAAGAGAAAGAAGAAGAUGAUGGACCUAAGAUAGAAGCAGAGGACUCAGCAAGUGUGUUAGGUGAAGACCUGGGUGUCACCUUCUCCAAUAUGUUGCAGUCAACCCUCUCAAGUACUGAUGGUGUUGAUCACCAUUCUGGUUUACCUCAUGUGAGUUUAGAGCCUUGGGAUGGUGGCACGGCAGCUCGUAAUCUUCCUGGUCACAACCUUCAGGGAACUGCAGGCUCACACAACCCUCUCAGUCACCAUCAGCAAAAGUUUGGUGCUGGUGGAGAAUUGCAUUGCCACAUCUGUGGCCGAGUGAGUAGUCGACGUGACAACCUGGAGCGCCACAUUCGGAGUCACCUAGGAGAUAAGCCUUUUAAGUGUCCCUUCUGUUCCUUUCGUUCUCAACUAAAGUGGAAUAUGAAAUCUCACAUAGAACGAAGACAUCCACAGCCUUGUAUACCCCCAUUACAAUGACAUCCUUUUAGCCAACAAAUGCAGCAAAUUCCACAUAAUAUUUUUCAAAGCUCAUUUAACUUAUGAAUCUUAUUGUACUAAGAGUGGUAUGUUAAUAGCCUUUUCUGGGGAAGCCCCUUGUGGCUCCCCGAUGCUACUAUCACUGAUAGUAUACCAACUACUAGGUCACAUCAGCUGCAGAGUACUAUAGGCCUUCCAGGAUCUGGCCCUGUCACAGAAGCGCAGGGAGCAGUGUGCUUUAUUAAUUUACUAAUGGCAUUAUUGGGAAGCAACCAGAAAGUCAGUGAAACAUAGCAGACCACUGCUGGAUUGCAUAAAGAUCACAGCCUCUAUAACCAUUGAAGAGAAUUCCCCAACUAUGUAAUGAUUUAAAUCUCUCCAAAUUAGUGCAAACUCAUUUGCUCUACCUCCCUAACUAGUCUGGGGAAGGAGGGAGGUAGCUAGUAAUCAGCCGGCUACUCCACCUUUAGUUCUGUGUUGAUGUUAGUGUGUGCUAUGUUGUCUCUGCUGCUUGGUCUCUAGCGCCUUGCUGAUUCAGGUAAGUGAUGGUUUUUGCAUUUGUUGGCAUUCCUGUACAUUGUGAAGUGUAGUACGAGUCAAAAUAUUGAGUGUUUGGAGCUGUAUGUGCUCCCGGGAGCUGUAUAUGCUCCCGGGUGCUGCCUUUGUGCCUCAGGGUUCUCUUCCCUGGGGUGUUGGGGGGGUCACUUCCUUAGAGAUCCUCCUUGCUUGUGUUGGUCCUCGCCCAGGGUGAGUCAGGUGUCUGAGUCCAUCAAUUACUGUCUGUCUGCUCUUUCUCGGGCUGCAGCUUGGGAUUGUCUCGUGCAGCUCCGUGCCACGGUUUUCCUGCGAUACUGGUGGCCUGUCAACAUCUGGGUUCUGUUGUAUGCUUGUUGAAACUCUCCCAUUUCUGAUUAAGAAUACCUGGUAAGCCUUUCGGCUUCUGGAGGGGCCUGUUAGUUGUUAAUGCUUGAUUGGUUCGGCUGGGGCUGCAUCAUGCUCUGUGUCUGGAGGUGGCUAUCCCCUGCUACUUUUAUGCCACCGAUUUUUCCUCGGUGGAUGCCUUGUGGGUUGAUCCUGUCCUUGUCCCACUGUUACAAAGUUUGUAUUUUUCAAUUUAUCCAUAGUGUUAAUAAGUCAAGCCAUCUUGCAGUCUACCCUUGCAUCCAUGAUGUUAGGAAGUACCAUACAGUAUUCCACUCUCUCGGCAGUGUUUGCUAACUUGACCCAGGUUGAUAGUUUUGGAGGUCAAGCAGGGUUCUGCCAGCCCGUUAUCUUGUUAAUGUGCCCAAGUCACAGUGCCCUUGUGUGGCUUUGAGUCGUGUGUCUCGUCCUUGUGUGUCUUCUUCAUCCUGACUCCUGCAGUGCUUUUUCCUCCCUGGGGAGUGUCGUUUUGUUUUCCUUUUCCUAGGAUAGUUAGCCUCGAGGAGCCAACAAACCAGCAUUGAAUGUAAUGAAACACCAAUUUCUGAGCGAGACCCUGUGGUUCCCCGACACCCUCUCUUCCUCCAGGUCAUCAGAGGAUUACAUCUACCAUAGAACUGAGGGUGGGGUAGCCGGCUGACUGCGAGCUACCGCACUCCUUUCCCCAAACGAAUUGGGAAGGUGGGGGAACAAGCUUGCAGUAGUUUGGAGAAAUUUCAAUCAGUUUUGUUUAUAUAGUUGGGCAGCCCAUCUUUCAGACAAAGACCCAAAAGUGAUUCCAUGCACCUGCCAAACCCCCUGUUUAUUUAUAAAUGAAAAACAGUUUACACACGACUCAACUGAUUUUGUUUGAACACUUCUGGAACAAGUGCUUCACUGACA